AUGGACACCUUGACUGCUGGUGAACAGCGCACCUUCAUGCUAGGCCUUCUCUGCUCUACCGAUGGCCUAAACAAUAUCAAGGUUGACUACGACAAAUUGGCCGAAAAGGCUGGCUUGAAGAAUGCCGCUAGUGCUUCCGUCCUCUUCAACAAAUCGAGACGUAAGAUCCUGUCUGCCUUGACCGAAGAUGGUACACUUGCUUCUACCAGCGGUAGCCCAAAAAAGGCUAGUGACAAGGUCACUAAACCCCGUAAAUCCUCCGCAAAGGCGAAAGGUGCUACCGCUACCACUGAUGAGGAGUCAAACGGCAAUGAAGAAACCCAGGCCAAUCCCGUCAAGGCUCCAAAGGCCAGCGGAGGAAAAGGAAAGGCCAGGGGGAGAGUUAAGGCCGAUCCCAUGGCAAUGGCUCCCAUCAAGCGUGAAGGGUUUGUAAAGGAAGAGCCUCUUCACGAAGAUUUCGCCAAAGGUAUAAUUGAUGGAACAAUAUAUUCAUACUCAGACGUAUCACUAAACACUCUUUGGGCAGUAGGAGCAUUCUCCACCGGCAAUGGGACUACUGCGACUGGAAGCCCCUUGAAAUCUGAGGUUGAUGAUGAGACCCUCUAG